AUGCGGCGUAAUGUCACUGGUGGUGCAGCAUUUAGGGUUCGUAACGUCAUUGCUGAUGCAGGAAUUAUGGGGCGUAAUGUCACUGAAGGUGCAGCAUUAAGGGCUCGUAACGUCAUUGCUGUUGCAGGAAUUAUUGGGCGUAAUGUCACUGAUGGUGCAGCAUUAAGUCCUCGUAACUUCAUUGCUGUUGCAGGAAUUAUGAGGCGUAAUGUCACUGAUGGUGCAGCAUUUAGGGCCCGUAACGUCAUUGCUGAUGCAGGAAUUACGGGGCGUAAUGGCACUGAUUAUGCAGCAUUAAAGGCUCGUAAUGUAAAUGGUGGUGCAACAUUAAGGGCUAGUAAUGUCGCAGGUGGUGCAGCAUUAAGGGCUCGUAAUGUCACUGGUGAUGCAGAAUUAAGGGCUCUUAAUGUCACUGCUGGUGCAGCUCUAAGGGCUCGUAAUGUCACUGUUGAUGCAGAAUUAAGGGCUCGCAAUGUCACAGGUGAUGCAGCAAUAAGGGCUCGUAAUGUCACUGAUGGUGCAGCAUUUAGGGCUUGUAAUGUCACUGAUGAUGCAGAAUUAAGGGCUCGGAAUGUCACUGCUGGUGCAGCUCUAAGGGCUCAUAAUGUCACUGGUGAUGAAGCAUUUAGGACUCGUAAUGUCACUGGUGAUGCUGCAUUAAGGGCUCGUAAUGUCACUGGUGGUGCAGCAUUAAGGUCUCGUAAUGUCACUGAUUACGCAGCAUUAAGGCCUCGUAAUGUCACUGGUGGUGCAUCAUUAAGAGCUCGUAAUGUCACUGGUGGUGCAGCAUUAAGGGCUCGAAAUGUUACUGGUGGUGCAGCCUUAAGGGCUCGCUAUGUCACUGAUGAUGCAGCAUUAAGGGAUCGUAAUGUCACUGCUGGUGCAGCAUUAAGGGCUCGUAAUGUCACUGAUGGUGCAGCACUGAGGGCUCGUAAUAUCACUGCUGGUGCCGCAUUAAUAGCUCCUAAUGUUAUGGUGGUGCAGCAUUAA